AUGACCAACAAUAACCCAAAAUACAAGACGAUCUCUCCUUUUGACUUGAGCGCCAGUGACAAUCCCGGCGCGGUGAUUUCGCAGCCGCUACUCAACGGUUCGAACUAUGAUGAAUGGGCUCUCAACUUUCGUAUGGCCCUAAGUUCACGAAAGAAAUUUGGUUUUUUGGAUGGAAGCAUCCCAAAGCCAGCUCCUAAUUCUGCCACUCUUGAAGAUUGGACAGCCAAUAACCACCUCCUGGUCGGCUGGAUUAAGCUUUCUAUAGAUCCCAAACUACGAUCCUCCAUCUCAACGAGAGAAGUAGCUAAAGAUCUAUGGGAGAUAAUCAAGAAGCGUUUUUCCUUGAAAAGUGGAGCUCGCCUCCAACAAUUGAGGAACUCAUUGGCAACAUGCAAACAGAAUGGGUCAACCGUAGAUGACUACUUUGGCCGCUUGACGAAACUAUGGGACGGAAUUGCUGAAUGCAUGAAUUCCAAACAGUGUACGUGUGAUAAGUGUGAGUGCGAUCUCAACACUGCACAUGAAAAGGAGAAAGAGAUCCUCCGCGUUCAUGAUUUUCUCUCCGGAUUGGACGACUCAUCACAUGGUGUCAUUCGUUCCCAAAUCUGUGCGAUGACUCCAUUACCUGACUUGGACAGUGUUUAUCAAACGAUAACACAAAACGAGACACUCUGA